UUAUUAGUGAUCGGCUCAUUCGUUGUGAUCAUCAAAAAGGAUUGUCGAGCACUUCCACUGCCAAACGACGACAAACUGUGGCCCACUUUAGCCAACAAUAGUUUUAUGGAAGAAUUUAUUAACCAUUUUUACGAUACAAUACAAAUCUAUCACAUAAUUGUCAUCAGCGCUGAUGUCAUACUAUUUCUGUUGGCAUUCAUUAACAUCUCUCCCACACAAGAAGACCUUAGAUUUGGUUUCCAUUUACUCGUGAUCAUAAUAUUGGGCGGAAUAACAAUACUGAUAUCGUAUGCCUCAUACGUGGCGUUUCAGAUGCCCUGUCAUUCGCAGAGUCGUGAGACGGGAGAGAAGACUGUGAACGCAGGCAAACACGCGUACCCUCACAACUCCAAAGACAAGAAUCCGGUCAACGCUUACAUCGAAGAGGAUAUACUUAUGUUAGCCGUCACUGGAAUGGAUGCGUUCGCGGCGUUCCUACUCUUCCUCUCAACAGUUGUGUUAUGUGUGGACGCGAGAGAAGAGGCCAUUCAGGACGAGUACGUGGCACGGGUCAGGUCUAGUGUCUAUUAAAUCAUUUACACAUUACACUCACUUUUGCGCACAAAUAACUCUUUUCACUCAAAUAAAAACUCAAACAACAAACAAAUUUACAC